AUGCAUUCAACCACCCCAUGUCAGUCAACUAGCACGGCAAAUUUCAAGAGUUCUGACUUGUCAAGUUCAUCUUCUGGGUCAUCUUCAGACAAAAACAAGAAAUUGAAUUCUUCAUCCUUUCAAGUUGAUACAAGAAAGACAAAUACUAAUGGCUCUGGUUCUGCUCAAUUCAUGACUACAUGUUGGAGAAAGAUAUCCUCUAAUGGUUCUUCACAUUUUGUUGAAACUAAAAUUUCAAAACCAAGACGAAAUAGAAUAAUUUCUGAGAAGGAAAUGUUACAGGUAUUGCACUUGUCCCAAAUUCAAGCAUGUAAACAAUUAGAUUGUAGUUUAUCUACUCUGAAACGAAGAUUUUACGAAUUGAAGGAUGGAUUUGGAUUAGAGAGAUGGCCACAAUACUUUUUUGAAAUACGUCACUUGCCAAUAUUUAACAAACUUUAUCCAAUGAGCCUUCAAUUCAUUCUCAACGAAGACUAA